AUGGCCGAUGCGACGAGGGUGCUCGUUGAGCGGUUUGGCUACGUGCUCGAUGAGGAGCUGUUCGACGACGAGCAAGUGCGAGCAAACGCAGAAGCAAGCCGCGUGUCAGAGGAGCAGGCACGCGGGCGGCUGAUCGCCGCGGCACUGGAGUGCGGCAGAAAAGUGGUGUCUGCCGUGGGCAGCCAUGGAGGAGCGUGGCUUAGCGAGGCCGUGGAGUUCUCGCGCGACGAGGAGGCUUUUGCGCUGCUCUCCUUGGGAGCAGACCCCAAUGGAGAUGAAGAAUGGGCACCGCUUCAUGUUGCAGCAGCGCGAGGGCAGCUGGCGCUGCUGCGGAGGCUCCUUGCCGGACCAAACAUCCGCGUCGACGCGCUUGGAGGACCUGCCAACCGUACGCCACUACUGCUUGCAUGCGGCGCCCGCCGCCACGAGAACGGUUUCGAUGACGAGCCUGCAGCGGACGGCCCUGAGAUGCAGGAGGUGGUGCGCCUCCUGCUGGGCGCUCGUGCCGAUCCGAACCUUGCCGACGUCGAUGAGUGCUCGGCGCUGAUGUAUGCCGCACCUCAGCCCGUUCCCCGUGGAGCCGACGCGCCGGUGAUCCUCCGGCUGGCAACGCCCGGGCCUCACCAUCGACCUCGGGAGCUCUCUCCCGCACCGUUUACCAAGCGUUAA